AUGUUCCUGGCGACUCUGUACUUCGCGCUGCCGCUUCUGGACGUGCUCCUGUCCGCGGAGGUGAGCGGCGGGGACCGCCUGGAUUGUGUGAAAGCCAGCGAUCAGUGCCUGAAGGAGCAGAGCUGCAGCACCAAGUACCGCACGCUGAGGCAGUGCGUGGCCGGCAAGGAGACCAACUUCAGCCUGACAUCCGGCCUGGAAGCCAAGGACGAGUGCCGCAGCGCCAUGGAGGCGCUCAAACAGAAGUCGCUCUACAACUGCCGCUGCAAGCGGGGAAUGAAGAAGGAGAAGAACUGCCUGCGCAUCUACUGGAGCAUGUACCAGAGCCUGCAGGGAAAUGAUCUGCUCGAAGAUUCCCCAUAUGAACCAGUUAACAGCAGAUUGUCUGAUAUAUUCCGGGUGGUCCCCUUCAUACCAGAUGUCUUCCAGCAAGUCGAGCACAUUCCCAAAGGGAACAACUGCCUGGAUGCCGCCAAGGCCUGCAACCUCGAUGACACCUGCAAGAAGUACAGGUCUGCGUACAUCACGCCGUGUACCACCAGCAUGUCCAACGAAGUCUGCAACCGACGCAAGUGCCACAAGGCCCUGCGGCAGUUCUUCGACAAGGUUCCGGCCAAGCACAGCUACGGGAUGCUCUUCUGCUCCUGCCGAGACAUCGCCUGCACCGAGCGACGGCGGCAGACCAUCGUGCCCGUGUGCUCCUAUGAGGAGAGGGAGAAGCCCAACUGUCUGAAUUUGCAGGACUCCUGCAAGACGAAUUACAUCUGCAGGUCUCGCCUUGCUGAUUUUUUUACCAACUGCCAACCAGAGUCCAGGUCUGUCAGCAGCUGUCUCAAGGAAAACUAUGCGGACUGCCUUCUGGCCUACUCAGGGCUUAUUGGUACCGUCAUGACCCCCAACUACAUAGACUCCAGUAGCCUCAGCGUGGCCCCGUGGUGUGACUGCAGUAACAGUGGGAAUGACCUGGAAGAGUGCUUGAAGUUCUUGAAUUUCUUCAAGGACAAUACGUGUCUUAAAAAUGCAAUUCAAGCUUUUGGCAAUGGCUCCGACGUGACUGUGUGGCAGCCAGCCCUCCGAGUUCAGACCACCACUGCCACCACCACCACCGCCUUCCGGGUCAAGAACAAACCCCUGGGGCCCGCAGGGUCCGAGAAUGAAAUCCCCACUCAUGUUUUACCACCUUGCGCAAAUUUACAGGUAAGAGCGGGGAAAUCUAACAUGUCGGGCAGUACACAUCUCUGCCUUUCUGAUCGUGAUUAUGAAAAGGAUGGUCUCGCUGGUGCCUCCAGCCACAUAACCACAAAAUCAAUGGCCGCUCCUCCAAGCUGUGGUCUGAGCCCACUGCUGAUUCUGGUGGUAACCGCCCUGUCCACUCUUUUAUCUUUAUCUUUGGCAGAAACAUUGUAGCUGCAUUUAGAAAACAAUAUGGACAUGUAAAAAGACAAAAACCAAGUUAUCUGUUUCCUGUCCUCUUGUAUAUCUGAAAUUCCAGUUUUAGGCGCUCAGUUGAGACAUCGAUUGCUAAAACGGUUUCAUCCAACUGGAACUUUUUUCCUUUUUUUUUAUUUUUUAUUUUUCAAAGAAAGUUUCUUGUGAUCCUUCGGGCUUCUGUGGGAUACCCAGUGCAGUGCUACGUUCCAAACUCAAAAGGCUUUGGGGUACAUUGUAUGAUAAAGGGAUGGUUUGUAAAUUUGGCUGUCAAGCAAACGGGGGCCAUUUUUUUCAUGAUGAUGAUGAUGAUGAUUUUAACAGUUUAUCUCUGGCCUUUAUUAGCUAGCUAAGGAGUUAUAAUAUUGCUCAAGAAUCUUCCGUAUUUCAUGUAAUGGCUUUCAUUUCUGAUGACAUAAUUGCAGCUUAACAAGCUUUCCUCGUCACAAAUCAAAGAUUCUCAUCAAGAGAAUCCUGAUGGACGAUGUGCAAACAAGCUUCUACCAAUGUUUCCACACAUCCCAGCCUUUUCCCUCUAAUGUUUAUGUUCCGUCAACAGUUCUGCACGCUCUUACAAAACAAAAAGCACCUGUCACAUCCAGAUGUCGUGUCUGUCUUCUAGUCAAAAUAGAGAGCGAAAGCGGGUGUGAAACUGCACAGAACCUUGAUCGGUGAAUGACAUUCUCCUAAGCCUUAUCCAAAUGAGAAGCCCUUAAACUAAUAAGAGUCAAAUAUAGCUGAAGCAUCACUCUAAUACUCUUUACAUGUAUGAGGUUAUAUGUAGAAAAAAAAUUUACUACUAAAUCGUUUCAACUAUUGGCUUUCUAUAUUUUGAGAGUAACGAUAACCGUCUCCAUUUUUUUUACUGAUGGUUUAAUACAAAAAUACACGGAGUUUGUUUUCCUUUCCUAAGUAGUGUUAGCUCCAAUGUGAACUUCAGGAAUACAGCUCUUCAAAAGCAGACUCUGAGGAGCCUCGUGCUUGAGCAGAAAGCUCUGCAUCACGUUACUGUGGACAGGCAGGAUGAAACGGAGCAGCCAAGCACUGUCUUUUAUCAUUUCUUGAAAUGCAAGAGUGCAUACCUGUGAGGAGCCCGGCGGCCAUUCGUAAAUGUUCUGCAGCGUCGAAAGGCACCUUUGCCAGUUGACACAAUUCAGUACCUUGGUUUUCCUGUUCCCUGAGAAAGGCAGCUCGGACUGGGACGGGACGGGGACAUGCCACCCUCUCUUCGGUAGCAGACCCAUGCCGGGGUACACAGUUCUUUUCCCAAGGAUUGUUUUUACUCCCAACGGCGAUGGCGUGGCCGCUGUUUAGAGCAGUGUCGUCUGAAGGUUAUCGGGAAUCUGCUUGCAUCUUUUUCUGUGUCCUCUGUGACAGACCGUGACCGAGUCUGUGAAAAAAACAUUCGUGGAUUGAGAAGGUCGACGUGGGGUCUGUGGAGAUGAGCUGGUUGGCACAGGUUGACACAGAACAGAACAGGACUGAGGAUGGAAGGCGUCUGGUCUGUUCACGACACAUCAUCUUCCGCUUAAACAGAUUGACCCUAAAAGUACACUUUUGAAGUCUGGUUGAAAUGGUGAGAUUCAGAAUCUACAAUGAUCGAGUGCCGGUAGCCAUGUUUCUCCAAAACUGAGUAGAGAAGAGGAGACCACCUUCACAGAGUGCUGCGGGCACUAGCUAGCUUGCUUCUCACAUCGGGGGAGGGGCUGGCGGAGGGAGCCCGCGGUGCACAUGUCACACUGAUCCCCUCUGCCC